AUGGCUUCUUCUAGUGGGAAUUCUUCAGGGUCUACUCAGCUUCAGAACUCUGGUUCUGAAGAGGACUUGCAGGUUAUGAUGGAUCAAAGGAAAAGGAAGAGGAUGCAAUCGAAUCGCGAAUCGGCAAGGCGAUCCAGGAUGAAAAAACAGAAGCACCUUGAUGAUCUGAUGGCCCAAGUGACUCAGAUAAGGAAUGAAAAUAACCAUAUCCUCACAAGCAUGAACGUCACCACACAGCACUACCUGCAUGUUGAGGCUGAGAACUCUGUUUUGAGAGCUCAGAUGAUGGAACUGAGUCAGAGAUUACAAUCUCUCAAUGAUAUACUCAGUGUCAUGAACACAAACAAUGGGGUGUUUGAGACUGAUGAUGAUCUUCAGGCAAAUCCUGACACUUUCAUGAACAAUCCAUGGAACUUGAUGUAUCUAAACCAACCCAUCAUGGCCUCUGCUGAUAUGUUUUAG